AUGAAUUUCUCGUUUUGUCUUCUUUGGAUUUUUAUUCAAAGAAUUUCAACUCUUUCGUUUAAUCAACCCGAAUUUUGUUCAAAUGCAAUUUGGAAUAAAUCUGCAAUUACUUUUGCUGAUCAAAACAUUAUUGGAACAAGUCCCCGUGCUCUUUUUAUAAACACAAACAACACAAUCUAUUCAUUUAAUCGGGAUACAAAACAAAUUCUAAUCUGGGCCAAUCAAAGUUCAAAUCCAACAAAAAAUAUUUCGGGGAAUUUCGCCGAUUCAUUUUCGAUAUUUGUGACAAAUGUUGGAGAUAUUUUUAUCGAUAAUGGUUAUUUGAAGAAACAAGUUAAUCAAUGGAUUCAACGAAAUGAAAGUUUCAUCACUGUCAUGAAUGUCGAUUCUUUAUGUUAUGGUUUGUUUGUCGAUCAAAAUAAUUCGUUGUAUUGUUCAAUGUACAAUGAACACAAAGUGGUGAAGAGAUGGUUGAACGAUGUUGAUUUGAAACCAAAACUUGUUGCUGGAAAUGGCACUCAAGGUUCUGCUCUCAAUCAACUUUCUCU